CUCGAUUUGGGGACUUUUCAAUUUCCCUAUCAAAGUGAAUGACUUUCUUCUCCAAAAUCGAUUUCUGAAACAUCCCAUUUCUUGAUUUCCCUCUUUGUCGCAAACCCAACAAAGUAGAGCAAAACCCUAAAACGGAAACCUUCCAUGGCGAUUAUCUCUGAGGUAGAAGAAGAAAGCAGUAGCAGCCGACCCAUGAUAUUUCCCUUUAGGGCAACACUCAGUUCUGCAAACCCAUUAGGGUUUUUGGAGAAAGUUUUCGACUUUCUCGGAGAACAGAGCGAUUUUCUCAAGAAACCCUCCGCGGAGGACGAGAUCGUCGUCGCGGUUAGGGCGGCGAAGGAGAAGUUGAAAAAGGCUGAGAAGAAGAAAGCUGAGAAGGAGAGUGUGAAGCCUGUGGAGAAGAAAGCCGAGAAGGAAAUUGUUAAGCUUGUGGAGAAGAAGGUAGAGAAGGAGAGUGUCAAGCCAACUAUAGCUGCUUCAAGUGCUGAGCCUAUAGAAGUGGAGAAGCCUAAGGAGGAAGAGGAGAAGAAGGAAUCUGGUCCCAUUGUUCCUAACAAAGGUAAUGGAACUGAUCUUGAGAACUACUCAUGGAUCCAGAAUCUCCAGGAGGUUACAGUUAACAUUCCAGUGCCUACUGGGACUAAAGCACGGACUGUUGUAUGUGAGAUUAAGAAAAACCGUCUCAAGGUUGGUCUCAAAGGCCAGGAUCCAAUCGUCGAUGGGGAGCUCUACCGAUCUGUGAAGCCUGAUGACUGCUACUGGAAUAUCGAGGAUCAAAAGGUGAUUUCGAUUCUCUUGACUAAGUCUGAUCAGAUGGAGUGGUGGAAAUGCUGUGUGAAAGGUGAACCUGAAAUCGAUACUCAGAAAGUUGAACCAGAGACUAGUAAAUUAGGUGACCUUGAUCCAGAAACUCGCUCGACUGUUGAGAAAAUGAUGUUUGAUCAAAGGCAAAAGCAGAUGGGUCUUCCAACAAGCGAGGAGCUACAGAAGCAAGAGAUCCUUAAGAAAUUCAUGUCUGAGCAUCCGGAGAUGGACUUCUCAAAUGCAAAGUUUAACUGAUGCUCGUAUCGUCCAGUCUCUCUGCCAAAAAAGAAAAACCAGUUUUUGCAUCUUCACCAGUUUUUAAAAGCUUGUUACUUUUGUUUAGUUUCUCAUUUCUGAAUACAUAGUUCGGUUUAUGUCCCUAGCUUUAUGAUUCUCUGGUUUUUAUUGAAACUUUUUCUGAAAAAAAAAACUGUUUUCUCUAAUUCAUAUGAGUCUGCUCUUAAACCGGACAAAAAAAUGGUAUCAAUGUAGUAGUACUUCUCCUCUGUUCGAUUAUGUCCUGUCUAAGAGUGAUUGGUCUUAGUCACGUGACCGUGUGGUGACACAUGGGGUCUUCAUUCAAUUCGUCAUGAAGCAGCCGUUUUCAGUAAAAAGAUAAACCUGGACCACAAGACACCAUUGUGGUCCAGACCUGUUUAGUUGGGAAUGUGGUCCAUAGCGUUGUUGUUCGACAACCUUCUUUCUUCAACUUCAC